AUGCUUCGGCGGGUAUUAGGGCGCAGCGACCCACAUCGUUCACCUGCUGCCUCCCGGCAACCUGAUGCGGACGGCUUUGUUGUCCCACCCAGGUGGCGCACCGCCACGGCAUCUGCGCUGCAGAAAACGCAGCCGCUGGCGACCGCCAACACGUUUGCGGGCGCCAGCGUAGACGCGCCGGGGGACGGGGACGCACCUCUGGCCCCGCCCCAGAAGAACCCGACGCCCCCGCCGCACAUCGUCGUCCAAUGGGACGGCGUCUAUAAGCAUUUCCAGCAGAAACUUGAGAGGGUGGCAACGUCCACUACUGUCAAGGCUGUCGGCCGUGACCUGCACAGGGCUGCAACACUACCGCACACGAGGCAGCAAGAGUUGGGUGUGCCACCGAGAGCCUCGCCGGCCGCACUGCAAGAGUUUGCGGGCCCGGCGGCUGUGGCUUCGGUGGGUGUUGCGCCGCUGGAUUCGACCAUUCGAGAGGUCAAUGUGCCCCCGUUUGCCCCUCCGGCCCCAGAGACACAGGAAGAGCCCGUGCCUGCGCUAGUUGAAGCCCCGUCCUACGCUAGGGGAAACCCCGCGGUCUGGACGGGGGCACAGUCAGCUGCAGAAGCCACCGAGGUGGCCGCCAUCGAACUGCCGGGCGCAAAGCUUUCUGAGGAGAUUGCAGAGGCAGAGCGUCGCGACAUCGACCCUGACGAUGCCCGCGCGCCCAGAAAGCGCCUGGUUGUGACGCACGACGAUUCCGACAACGCCUCCCUGACCUCUGACACCGCGAGGCCGCGGAAGAAGGCGUCUAGGGCCUCCCGCGCCUCCACCACAGAGGCUGUGAAGACGGUCGCGAGCUCCUCCCGGAGCACCGCCAAGCCGAGACCGACAACGAAGACGCAGCGACCCAGUCGUUCGCCUGCUGCCUCCCGGCAGCCUGAUGCGGACGCGGCGGAGGACGGCGACGCGCCUCUGGCGCUGCCCCAGAAGAAGCCGCCACCCCCGCCGCCCAUCGUCGUCCAAUGGGACGGCGCCUACAUGGAUUUCCAGCAGAAACUUGACAGGGUGGCCACGUCCACUACUGUCAAGGCCGCCGGCCGUGACCUCUAA